AAUGCUCGGGCAGUAAUCCAGUAACUCCCGUCAUAUAAACUCGAAAUGGGUAGGAAGUUUGUUGCAAGUUUAUUCCUCGCGUGGGUUGUUUCCUGCAGCGCAGUUGACGAUUGUGAAAUAUGUCAAGACGUUUCCAACUCAACUGGAAAUAUAAAAGGCGACUCACUCAACUGCAGCUGCAUCAUCAGCAACGCCACCUCUUCAACAACUGAACCUUCUGAAAACACUGAUUUACCAGACUUGAAUGCAAUUAUCAACCUCCUUCAUGAAAUAAUCGAAAACUUGAUGUAUGGCAAGCAAGAAGACUCGGUGGACAGCAUCGUUCGCUUGUUUUCUCUUCUUUCCACAGACGUGCUGGCUGAUUCCAAAGACGCACAGUAUGUGCAGAAUGUACUGAAGCGAAACCUUGAAGGAGUUCUGUCUAAGUUCGCGAUACAGAUUGGGGUAUUCUUCAACCCUUACAUUAUGAAAAAUUCAAAGGUGGAGCAGAUGUGCCAUGGGGAUUCCUUCUGCAUACUCAAUGGUCUUUUAGCUCGAAGGGACAAGAUAUUGGUCAAGUAUAUUUCUGAUCUGGUGCCGGACAUUAUUGACGGUUUGAUAAACUCGAUAGAUGAUUUAGAUAAAAUGAAUCCAGAAUGCGACGUGAAGCAUUGUGUUUUCACCAGGACAGUGUUGGAAAACAAGACGAAAGUGAAGGAUCUGCUUCAGGAUUCUAAGGUCUUCAAAGAUUUCGUGGCAAAGUACACGGUUGCUUUGGUGUCGUCUAUUAUAAAAUCUGAUAUAGCUAAACUUCCUUGAAGUUUGUCGAAUCUCUGAUUUCGAAAUAAAGCACAGUCACAGAA